CGAACCUGGUCGGUGUCCCGUUGUCUACUCACCACCAGAUGUCACUCUCGCUCCACCCACUCACUCUGACUGUCGCUUUGCAUCUCGGACUGCAUCUCCCAUCCUCCACCGCUCUGAUUGCGUCAGCCCCCAUUACCAAUCAGCGACAGUAUAAAAGCCCCGGACUUUCCCCUGCACGUCACGGUGUAUUGAAUGUUUAUGUCCUGUAUUUCCUUGCUCCUUGUUCCUAGUUUUCCUUGUGCUCUGUGUUUAUGUUUGCUACUGUUUUGACCCUGUCUGCCAGACCAUGUCUAUGUCUCAUCAGAUGAAUAAAAGUUCGCAUUUGGAUCCGCUCGCCUCUCGACUCACUCCCACUGUUACAGAAUACACCGUCAUACAAGGAUCCAGCAACUUUUUUUCACGGACAUCAUCCAGGUAUGGACUAUACUUAUUUGACUGUGGGCUCGUCUUUCACGGUGGGUGUCGCUAAUGAGGAACGCGAUACCCCAGUGAUGCCGGUCGCGCAACCCGCUCGCGGAGUGGCGGGCGCGUCGGAGCGCGCUCAUAUAAUGGCGGCUAAUGUGGAGCCGGCUCGCAAAAUGGCGGCCGCGCCGGAGCGCGACGCCACGAACACGCCGGCCGCCUGGCCUGCUCACGACACGGCGGCCCUGCUGGAGCACGCUCAAGCAGGGGUGGCCGCGUUGGAUCGGCUUCUCGAAAUGGUGGCGAACAUGGGGCUCAUUCGCAAAAUGGCGGCGAGAACGGAGCUCCGUCAUGUCACAGCUGCUAUACCUGAGCCAUAUGAAGUUGCAGCUGCGUUUCCUGAUUCAAGUCAAGUUUCCAAGUCAAGUCAAGCUACAGCUGCUGUUCCUGUGUCAAACCAAGCUGGAGCUGUGUUUCCUGUGUCAAGUCAAGUUACAGAGCCACCGCACAAGAUGGCUGCCACGCCAGAGCCACCGCACAAGAUGGCUGCCACGCCAGAGCCACCGCACAAGAUGGCUGCCACGCCAGAGCCACCGCACAAGAUGGCUGCCACGCCAGAGCCUGCUAAAGCCCCGUCAGUCAAGCCACAGCCUGCUCAGGCCAUCUCAGUCAAGCCACAGCCUGGUCACGUCAUGUUUUCUGCUCCUGAGUCGGCACCUAUCAUGGCCAGUCUUCCCGAAGCGGUUUCUGAGUCAAGUCACAUCCCAGGCCAUAACGCAGUUUCCUGCUCCGCCCCAGCUCCCGCCUGGUCACAAGCCUGCUCCAGAGCGCCCGCCUAG